AUGGAGAGUUUGAUACCUGUGAUCAAUAAAUUGCAAGAUGUCUUCAACACAGUUGGUUCUGAUGUCAUUCAACUACCUCAAAUUGUUGUCAUUGGAACGCAGAGCUCAGGAAAAAGCUCUGUUUUAGAAAAUUUAGUUGGUAGAGACUUUCUCCCACGUGGA